AUGUUGAAGACUUACUCUCAGAGCGAUACAUGCUCCGUGUUCCUCUUGGAUCGAAGCAACCACGAACUGGUGGCCAAAGUGUUUGACGGGGGCGUGGUGGACGACGAGAGCUACGAGAUCCGGAUUCCGGCCGACCAAGGCAUUGCGGGUCACGUGGCCACGACCGGGAAGAUCCUCAACAUCAAGGACGCCUACUCCCACCCUCUCUUCUACCGCGGCGUGGACGACAGCACCGGCUUCCGCACCAGGAACAUCCUCUGCUUCCCCAUCAAGGAUGAGAACCAGGAGGUCAUCGGAGUGGCCGAGCUGGUUAACAAGAUCAACGGUCCUUGGUUCAGCAAGUUCGACGAGGACCUGGCCACCGCAUUCUCCAUCUACUGCGGCAUCAGCAUCGCCCAUUCUCUGCUCUAUAAGAAAGUCCACGAAGCUCAGUACCGGAGCCACCUGGCCAAUGAGAUGAUGAUGUACCAUAUGAAGGUGUCUGAAGACGAGUACACCAUCCUCCUCAACGAGAGCAUCAAGCCGGUGCCCGAGUUCGACGCCAACUUCGACAGAUUUACCUACACGCCCCGUUCCCUUCCCGAUGACGACACGUGCAUGGCCAUUUUGAGCAUGCUGCAGGACAUGAACUUCAUCAACAGCUACAAAAUCGACCGCCAUACGCUUGUCAGGUUCUGCCUGAUGGUGAAAAAGGGCUACAGGGACCCUCCCUACCACAACUGGAUGCACGCCUUCUCCGUCUCCCACUUCUGCUACCUGCUGUACAAAAACCUGGAGCUGGUCAAUUACCUGGAAGACAUCGAAAUCUUUGCCUUGUUUAUCUCCUGCAUGUGUCACGACCUGGACCAUCGGGGCACGAAUAACUCCUUUCAGGUGGCUUCGAAAUCGGUCCUGGCUGCCUUAUACAGCUCUGAAGGUUCUGUGAUGGAGAGACAUCAUUUUGCUCAGGCCAUUGCGAUCUUGAACACCCAUGGCUGCAACAUCUUCGAUCAUUUCUCCCGAAAGGACUACCAAAGGAUGCUGGAUCUGAUGCGAGACAUUAUUCUGGCUACCGAUCUGGCUCACCACUUGAGAAUCUUCAAAGACCUCCAGAAAAUGUCAGAAGUCGGCUACGACCCCAAAAACAAGAAUCACCACAGCCUCCUGCUGUGCCUUCUCAUGACCUCCUGUGACCUCUCAGACCAGACGAAAGGCUGGAAAACCACACGCAAGAUUGCUGAAUUGAUCUACAAGGAAUUCUUCUCCCAAGGAGAUCUGGAAAAAGCCAUGGGCAACCGGCCAAUGGAGAUGAUGGACCGGGAGAAGGCCUACAUCCCGGAGCUGCAGAUCAGCUUCAUGGAGCAUAUCGCCAUGCCUAUCUACAAGCUACUCCAGGACCUCUUCCCCAAGUCGGCCGAGCUGUACGAGAGGGUGGCCAGCAACAGGGAGCACUGGACCAAAGUCUCGCACAAGUUCACCAUCCGGGGCCUCCCCAGCAACAAUUCCCUGGACUUUCUGGACGAGGAAUACGACCUGCAGACGAUGGCGGAUAACGGGGCCAAGUUGAACGGGUGCCUGGACUGCGAAGAGGGGCACUUGGGGGAGGUGAUGGAAUGA